GGUCAGAGAGUGACGCCAAAGUUCACUCUUAUGCUGUACAUUGUUGCACUGGGCAGUCAAUUUCUUAUCCAGUAACAUCAUUAAACAGGGAAAUGAGACUUUUAGUCAUUAGGCAGAGCGUAGUAAAACUGAGGCUGUUAUAAUGAUACUAUGCUAUAACCACUUUCAGUUGUAAAACCGGAUACUUACUUUUAGUUGUCCUUAAGUGAACGGGGGCGUCUAAUUGGGCAUUUCAAUAUUACCAGCGCAUAGGGCAGGAUUUGUACAUUUUAAAAUGCUAGUUGGACGGAAGGACAAAGGGAAACUCCCAACUUUCCAGCAAGGACAUUAGGCGUAGGUUAGCAUUUUAAGUAUGUAUUGAAAAAGAAUAGCGCUCGUUUCUUCGCUGAAAAGGGAGGGACGAAAUCUUUUAGUGAUACGUUUAUUCAGGUGAGCGAAGCUCCCCGAAAAAAAGCAUCAAACGAGAAAGUCCGUGCAAACUCACUGGGAUGCGUUUUCGCUGAAAGUCCCGAUCGGCGCACAUCUGCUCGUUUUGGAAGCGGAGACUUUCAUGGCUUUUUCUAGGGGCACUCGGUAGGAUGGACGUGGUUGAUGAAACGGAAGCCUUGCGGAGAUUUUUCGAAGGCCAUGAUAUCAACAGCUCCUUGGAGCCGGCUAACAUUGACACAAGCAUCUUGGAGGAGUAUAUCAGCAAGGAAGACGACAGCUCUGACAUAUGUUUCUCUGAGGUCCAGGGAGGCACUGGCCCCAGUUUCUCUUCCCCACAACCCGGGGUCUCCUCAGGGGGAGUGACAUGUGAUGUGAGCCCCCACGCGCCCCUGCGCCCGGGCGCCCAGCCACCCCUGCCCCCACUCUGCCAGAGCACUUACCCCACAGCUCCCUCACUAGGAGGGCAUCGACACAACUACCCCUACCUGGGGCAGCAACCACAGCAGCUUCAGCAGUCCCACGUCAAGACAGAACACAGGGGCCACUACGCCUCUGGAACAUUACCUGAGUCCCCACCCGACUCCAGCUCAGAACCGUACUCCCCCCAGCAAGUGAAUGACCCUCACCUGCUCAGCAAGAUGUCUCCCGAGAACAUGUGCCACAUCUCGCCCCCGCCUCCCCAGCCGCACUACUCUGGCCUGCAGCGAGACAUGUACCUGAAACAGGAGCCAAUGAUAUCGCAGUACCCACCUGGGCCGGCCAUGUGCACGGGGGGUGGGGACAUCCAGCAGAGCCAAAUGCUGCAUCAGCUGCUGCAGCUUCCUCAAGGACAGGAUGCCAUUCCCGGUCACCAAGCCAAAAAGAGGAAGCACUCUGACUCUCCUCCAAGCACCCUCAACGCACAGAUGCUCAGUGGCAUCAUCAAGCAAGAGCCAGGGUUGAUCCAGGAUGCAGAGAAUUCCUACCUGGACCCCAAUUACCAGUGCAUCAAGUGGCAGCCUCACCAGCAGAACAAAUGGACUACACUGUAUGAUGCCAACUGCAAGGAGCUGCCGAUGCCCACCUAUCGCGUCGACGCUGACAAGGGCUUUAACUUCUCAGUGCCGGAUGAUGCCUUUGUGUGCCAGAAGAAGAACCACUUCCAGGUCACAGUGUACAUCGGCAUGUUGGGUGAUCCUAAAUAUGUCAAGACCAGUGAGGGUCUGCAGCCUAUAGACUGCUUCUACCUCAAACUCAACGGAGUGAAGCUUGAAGCCAUGAACCAGUGUAUCAACGUGGAGCAAUCUCAGUCUGACCGCAGCAAGAGGCCUUUCAAACCAGUUCUGGUGACUCUGCCCCCAGAGCAGGUGACCAAAGUUACAGUAGGGCGGCUUCAUUUCAGUGAGACGACAGCCAACAACAUGCGAAAGAAAGGAAAACCCAACCCUGACCAGCGGUACUUCAUGCUGGUGGUGGCGCUGCAGGCCCAGUCCCACAAUCAGAGCUACACGGUGGCGGCUCAGGUGUCAGAGAGGAUUAUCGUCAGGGUAACCUCUGCAUCCAACCCAGGGCAGUUUGAGAGCGACAGCGAGGUCCUGUGGCAACGGGGCCAACUUCCCGACUCUGUGUACCACCACGGCAGAGUGGGCAUCAACACCGACCGGCCAGAUGAGGCGCUGGUGGUUCAUGGCAACCUCAAAGUCAUGGGGUCCUUGGUGCACCCCUCGGACAUCCGUGCCAAAGAGAACGUUCAGGAGGUAAACACCACGGACAAUCUGAAGAGGAUCUCUCAGAUGCGGUUGGUGCACUAUCACUACAAGCCUGAGUUUGCAGCCACUGUGGGGAUUGAAAACACCGCAGAAACAGGAGUGAUUGCCCAGGAGGUGCAACAGAUCCUGCCAGAGGCAGUUAAGGAGGGUGGAGAUGUUGUCUGUGCCAACGGGGAGACCAUUCCUAACCUGCUGGUGGUCAACAAGGACCGUAUCUUCAUGGAGAACGUUGGGGCGGUGAAGGAGCUGUGCAAGCUGACAGACAACCUGGAGACGCGCAUUGACGAGCUGGAGCGCUGGAGCCGCAAGCUGGCUAAGCUACGGCGGCUGGACAGCAUGAAGAGCACUGUGAGCGGGGGAACAGUCAGUCAAUCAGGAAGUCAGUUCAGUCGAGCAGGAAGUGUUCCUAUCAAGAAAAGAUCAGGCAGAUCGGGAAGCAAGAGUCCUGCUCCAGAAAAUGGCUGCAUCAGCCAAAAAUUCCUGCAGGGAGCCAUUCUGGCCCUGGUCAUCAUUAUGGCAUUCAGUGUUGUCUCCAUGUCCAUCCUCUACGCAUUGACUCGACACCAGCAAAGUGAAAUAGAGGCUGAUGGCUCUGCAUCCCUCUGCACUUUCUCUGUGUCUUGGACACCUGUCCUCACUGCAACUCUCACGCUCUGUCCAUCUGUCUGUCCCUGCAGGUCGAAUUCCGGAUUGGGAUCAUCCCGCAAGGCCAGUUUCUCCCCAGCAGCCUCCAUUCCUCCACCACAAGUCCCACCUUCUCCCUCCAUGUCCAAUAAAGAUCUAUGCUGCCCUUCUCCAACUUCCCAGAGCAACCAGUCAACCACAAGUGUGUUGCCAAGCAACAACCAGUCAACAUCAGAGCCCGUCAGCUUAGCCCCAACCCCAGGCAGCACCAACAAGAAGGCCAAGUCUCGUCCGAUAGAAAAGGACGCACGUCACAGGAACCGUCUGAGUCACACCUCGGCACCAGCACCCUCCUUCCAAUCCAAGACCAAGAGACCCCUGCCAGCAGACCAAGGCAGCUCAGGCAUGGACAAAUGGCUCCCAGCUCCCCGGCAACAACGUAGCAUCCACACAAGGGGUCGAAACCCCGCCCCCUCUCUGACAUCAAUGCGAAUCCUGGAGACGGGCCAGCCUAUCACCAUGGAGUUCUGUCCUUUGCCUGAUAGCUGCAGAACUGGAGUCCAUAGCUACACUGUCUCUCUCCAUGGAAACAACUACACCUCUCUUUCCCAUGUGACUCUACACAUGAGGUCCAACAUCAGCGUUUUGGUGUUCCAGUGUGGCGUCACUAGGGGGCGUCACUGUUCACCCUAUCCUGACAUGCAGACACAGCACAGUGCAGAACAACCACAGAGCGAGCAGAAUGUUUUCACAAAGGGGCAGGAACACUUAUGGUCUGUGCCAAGACUGUCCUUCCAGGACGUCAGCUACCACUUCCGCGUGGCGCUGUCUAAACAAGUAAUCUGUGCCACCAGGGAGGAGAAAGAAUACAUCGGUCAAUACUCUGAUUACCACUUCCUGUUUCAGCGAAGCUGUGGAUGAGAACAACGUUUAUGUAAGAGGAGUGCAUUAUGGGAAAAAAACAAUGCCCCAAUGUUCCUAUUCCGCACUCCAUUAAGAGCACCUCCUUUCUGGGGUUCCCUGUUUUUUUGAACCUACUCUUCUUGCUUGAACAGAAAAGCCAUUAACAUUUGUUACAUUUUUAACCAGUUUUUUUAAGUAUAUAUUUAUGGGGGGGAAAUAAAACUGUGUAAUUUCACAGAUUUAGCCUUGGUUUAAGAGAGCUUAUAUAACAGCACAUGUUUGAAUUGUGCUCUGAGUGUCUGCUUACAAUUUUUAAUGCCCCAUGACAACAUCUGUAUACCACAGGCCAAUCUGUAGUUACUGAAUAACUCUUUUAAGAUGUGCAGCUGUGGGUCCAUCAAUUAACGGAGAUCAGUUUCUACAUUCAGCGUUAUUUGGAGGGCCUGUAAUGUUAGUUACUUAUCUUCUCACUUCCAACCCCCUUAAUUCCAGUGGGUUCAUCUGAAGCUUUGUUACCUGUGUUCACACAGGCAGACCCGACUUCAUAGUGGAAUUUAUUUUGAUGUAGUACAAGAGCAAAUUGGAUGAAACUCACUGUAACACUCAUUGCAGUGAUGCAGCACGACAAACCAGAUAAACUGGAAAUAUGGAGCAUUAGACUUACUCGGCGUUAUAAGCUCUGUGUACCAUCUCUGAGUGAUGUUCUCCAGCUGUCACAGGUGGUGAAAUGCUGUGUAAAACACGUCUACAUUAACAAUUGUAGAAAGUCAAAUUAAUCUGAACUAAAGAUCAGGGCAGGUUUGUGGAUGUUAAAUCUGCAAUAUCUUUGCAGAAUACUGAAAUAUAAAGAGAUUAAGGCCUUGUGUGCUUACAGAUUAUUAAACUGGAAAUUGGAUCAGUUCCGAAGUACGAAAGGCUACGGAUACUUUGGACAUGACAAUUAAAUUCACUCCCACAUCCCCAAAAAAGAAGCUGGGGUCUUUUUCCCCCAAACUUGUGUAAUGUUUUAUGAUACUGGUACAUUUGAACUGGAAUGCACAGCCACUGAAUUAUGUGCAGACUGAAUCUUUUAUUCCAUUUGAAAACCUUUUAUGAGACACUCUCCUAUGUAUUGAUACUGGAGCGUCGUAUCACCUGAUAAACUGGAUCAACUGAGUCUGACACUGUAUCGUGGCCACAUAACCUGACUUCACUAGUUAGGUUUAAGCCAUUAAUGAGUUACUGGAUCCACUUUAGGCUGCAUCACUGGAUUUCUUGAUCACUGUCAAGUUUGAAUUCACUGGAUCAAAGCAAUGCUCACUGCUGUACCCUUCAGUACCAAACCUUGAGAUUUAUAGCAAAUGGCUUUAUACUUCAGGAAUUGAGCUUCUAUUUAUUCAACUGGGUCUUUUUGUUGUUUUCUGUGAGUGUAGGAGAGUUUCAUGCUGAUUGUGGGUAUGAGUGGGCUCAAACCUUAGUGGUCUCGGGGAGAGGAAUGAGCCAGGAUGCACAGUGAGGGUUGACUCUGACCUGGAACCUGCAUGAUGGAACAGUUGCGGUCACCUUUGUAGACCAGCUGUCAGAGGUGCUGAAAAUAAAGCAUUUAUUCCUAUCCUUCUCCCUUUGCUCCUGUAGGCACUCUGCACUAGCUCCUCCGUUCCUGUUUCCCCCCCCUCUCUCUUUUACUUUUCUGUCCUUCUAAACAAGCUUCCACCAAGAGAUAUAGUUAAAUGGUGCCAUGUGACUGAUUUGCUUCACAUAUGCGAGGCGACGAGGACCUCAGUGACGAGGACCUCAGUGACGAGGACCUCAGCCUGCCCCAGCUCUAGCCCCCCCCCCCCCCCCUUCUCACUGAUCAGUAAUUGCCUGAAGCCAUCUGGCUGACUUUUAUCUGACCCCCUUUCACCAUCUCACCAACCUCUCUGUAACCCCCUUCCCAUCCAGACGAUCUCACUGAUCUCUCCAUGGCCCUCUCAGAGCAUCAUGCCUACUUCUAGGAACCACACACACACAUACACACCAGACAUGCCAAUAGUGUUUUACCCUGAUAGGCAACAGUGGCCCAGUCAUAAGCACACAUUAUUGAUCGGAUACAUACAAUUCAUAUGUCGGUUUAUGAACCUGCAGAAUAAUGACAGAUAUUCAUACUCUGGAUUUUGCCUGGCACUUUUUUCAUCCUCUUCCAGCAAAAAACAUUCCUUUAUUCUUGACACUUUUUUUUUUGAUCCUUUUUAAAGAAGAAUAUUUACUUGCCGUCUUUGUAUAAACAUAAUAUUUAGCUGUUUGUGAUAGUGGUGAGGGCUGUCUUUCUGGGCUUCAGUGAGUGAAUGUUGUUGGAAUCGGGAAUUCAGGAAUUCAGGUAUUCCUACAUAUACCUAGACUUUAAAGACCGGGACUCGCUGAAAAAUAAAGCAGGCAUUUCCCCAUGGCAAAAACACACAUACUGUGGCAUUCUGGCAAUUCCUCGUGAACCAGGCCUCCCCAACCAAGGUUUUUAUGCAGUUGUCUGGCACUCAGCUUGCAUUGAGCUGGCUUUUUGUUCCCAAAAACAAGUGUGGUUUAACAAACUAGAAAGCAUCAUAUUAACUUCUGAAAUAGAACAAAAGUGAAGUGGAAGUAUUUUCAACCAUGUAUCCUCCGCCAAGGCUAACAUAUGCUGUAUAUCACUCCUUUUUGCCUGAUCAAGUAUAACCACUAGUAAGGGGAACUAAUCUUUUUGGACAUAACUGAUACAAAAAGAAGAAAACCUUAUGUUUAGGGCACUUUUCUUUACUUUUAUCCCCAAGGACAAAUUUACUUCCCUCUUCAUGGGUAAACGCUUGUUUUAUUUAAGAUAUACAUACUGUACCAUUAUUAAAUGUUAUACUGCACUUCCAGUUCAUGUAAAUAUGCUGAUCUUUUGGAAUUUUGACUGGUUUUAAAUAUGUGUGUUUUUUUUUGUAAUUUACUAAUUUGUCUGACCUGUCUGAUUUUUACACCAGUCACACAGUUGCCUUACCUUGUUAUGCUGUUUUUCAUAUUGUAUUGUCAUUUUUAAUAUUAUGAGAAGUGUGAAUGUCAACACAGCAUGGGGGCGUAUGCUGCAGCCCAGACUUUUACAGAUCAAGAUCAUGGUGGUUUUUUUAAAAAAAAAAUUCAAGUGUGAUCAUUUGCCUGAGUGAAUUAACAUGAAAAUGUCUCAAUAACCACAAACAAUAACUGCCUAUUGUUUUCUUUUUUUUGGUAUGAAUUUUUUAACCAAAAUGUACUACCUGUAGGUGAUUUCAAGUAGUGCUGAGCUUCUUCACUCAGCGUUUUUCAGGAGAUCAUGACCAACUGUUUUGGAAAUUUGGUUACAAUGUCAGUCUUACAAGCACCCUUCAUGUACAGUCGUAGUUGAAACUCCUCCCCCAAUUUCCCUCACUUGUUUACUUGUUUGUUUUAAUAUUGUAUUAGUCUCUACCUUCCCCCUCCUCACUACAUCUCUCAUUGGUUGAUAUGCUUAUCUAUUUUUGGCCCUUUCCCAUUUGUACCUCCCUCCUCUCAUUGAUUCACUUGUUUGUUUGUCUUAAUGCAUUAUCAUUAUAUUAUAUGACAUUA